AGUAGCCUCCACUGCACUUCACUGUCUCUCCGCUUGGUUUCGAACGUCUUUGGAAGAACAUUGAAUUUGUGAAAUCUGCUCGGUAUUAUAUUUUUAUAACGAACUCUGAAACGUCCAAACAUCAAGGAAAGAAGAACCAGAUGAACGACCGGUCUGUGAAACUUUCCGUGAACUGUAUUCAGAAUAGCUGGACCCUGUCCGACGACGACAAGUUGAGAAUGGCCAAAUUAGUUGUGGACAAUCAUCGUCUGGCCACAAAACUUCCUGCGAUCACUAAAGAUCUGGUGGACAACAGGAAACAUUGCCCACAGCUCAGUGUAAACACACAGAGAAAGAAGGAGGAGCUCAACCAGCCAAUCAUGACGCAGGAGUCAGAUCACGGGAGGGGCCGUAAAAUGGUUGCGUCCCCCACACAGCGGAAGCCGUCAGCUCUCUUACCAAUGAGGGAAUGGGAAGAGCAGCACCAAAGAAAUAUGCAUCAACAAAAGCUGAUAAAGGCCAAAGCUGUUGUUGACACCAAGGGCCCCGAAACUCUCCCUCAUAUUAGAGACAAUCGGACGAAAGUCCAGUUGCAGAAAGAAAAGAAAAUGUCUCUGGAAAACAAGCAGAAUGACCAGCGAAUCCUGAUGCUGGAAUCAGGUUUCAGGAGGGACGUCUGGGAAGCUGAUUGGGAAAAGGUCCAGCAAUGGAGAGACAACUGCUCCAGGUUUCCACGAGGAGAGACCAACAAACAGGUUGCGUCCUCCACACAGCGGAAGCCGUCAGCUCUCUUACCAAUGAGGGAAUGGGAAGAGCAGCACCAAAGAAAUGUGCAUCAACAAAAGCUGAUAAAGGCCAAAGCUGUUGUUGACACCAAGGGCCCCGAAACACUCCCUCAUAUUAGAGACAAUCGGACGAAAGUCCAGUUGCAGAAAGAAAAGAAAAUGUCUCUGGAAAACAAGCAGAAUGACCAGCGAAUCCUGAUGCUGGAAUCAGGUUUCAGGAGGGACGUCUGGGAAGCUGAUUGGGAAAAGGUCCAGCAAUGGAGAGACAACUGCUCCAGGUUUCCACGAGGAGAGACCAACAAACAGGUUGCGUCCCCCACACAGCGGAAGCCGUCAGCUCUCUUACCAAUGAGGGAAUGGGAAGAGCAGCACCAAAGAAAUAUGCAUCAACAAAAGCUGAUAAAGGCCAAAGCUGUUGUUGAUACCAAGGGCCCCGAAACUCUGCCUCAUAUUAGAGACAAUCGGACGAAAGUCCAGUUGCAGAAAGAAAAGAAAAUGUCUCUGGAAAACAAGCAGAAUGACCAGCGAAUCCUGAUGCUGGAAUCAGGUUUCAGGAGGGACGUCUGGGAAGCUGAUUGGGAAAAGGUACAGCAAUGGAGAGACAACUGCUCCAGGUUUCCACGAGGAGAGACCAACAAACAGGUUGCGUCCCCCACACAGCGGAAGCCGUCAGCUCUCUUACCAAUGAGGGAAUGGGAAGAGCAGCACCAAAGACAUAUGCAUCAACAAAAGCUGAUAAAGGCCAAAGCUGUUGUUGACACCAAGGGCCCCGAAACACUCCCUCAUAUUAGAGACAAUCGGACGAAAGUCCAGUUGCAGAAAGAAAAGAAAAUGUCUCUGGAAAACAAGCAGAAUGACCAGCGAAUCCUGAUGCUGGAAUCAGGUUUCAGGAGGGACGUCUGGGAAGCUGAUUGGGAAAAGGUACAGCAAUGGAGAGACAACUGCUCCAGGUUUCCACGAGGAGAGACCAACAAACAGGUUGCGUCCCCCACACAGCGGAAGCCGUCAGCUCUCUUACCAAUGAGGGAAUGGGAAGAGCAGCACCAAAGACAUAUGCAUCAACAAAAGCUGAUAAAGGCCAAAGCUGUUGUUGAUACCAAGGGCCCCAAAACACUCCCGCCUAUUAAAGACAAUCGGAUGAAAGUCCAGAUGAGGAGCGUGGAUGCAGCGGAAGGCAGGAAGGUGGCAGAGUGGGUUGGUGGUAGGUAGGUGGGUAGGUAGGUAGGUAGGUAGGUAGGUAGGUAGGUAGGUGGAUA